GGACAGGACGGGGCGGGCCGAGCAGGCUGCUGCCUGUCUCCGCGCGUAAGGGCUCCUGAGCGCUCGUCCUCUGGGCUACGAUGUAGCCUCUGUGCGGGAGGUGCGUACCCGCUGAUGGGGCAGGGCUCCGCGGUGCGUCGGUCCGUGGCCGGGGGAGCGAGUGACCUGGCUUGAUAAUCGGUGCUUUCGCUGCAUAGGCUUGCAGUGCAGUGCAGUCCACCGGCCUGGGGAAGCGACGACAGAGGCCUCGGCAGCUCAGGUUUGUUCAUUGUUCUUAUUUUAAACAGUGGAAAGAAGGGAACUGGAUAGAACACAAAUUAUGAAGGUGUUAGUCAUUGGACUUGGAGGUGUGACAAAUGGGGGGAAAACAACACUGGCAAAACGACUUAGGAAACAGCUUCCAAACUGCAGUAUACUCUCUCAAGAUGACUUCUUUAAGCCAGAAUGUGAAGUAGAGAUAGAUGAACAUGGAUUUAAGCAAUAUGAUGUACUUGAUGCCCUUUAUAUGGAGGAAAUGGUGACAAGCAUACACUCAUGGAUGAAAAACCCAACAGGCUCUUCUGUCUCAACAGCAGAAUCAAAGAGUACACCUGUCAAUCUGAAAAGUACAGAAGAAGUUCACAUUUUAAUAGCUGAAGGUUUUCUUCUGUAUAACUAUGAGCCUCUUAAUGAAGUAUGGGAUAGAAGAUAUUUUCUGACCAUUCCAUAUGAAGAAUGCAAGAGGAGACGGAGUACCAGAGUUUAUCAACCGGCAGAUCCACCAGGAUACUUCGAUGGACACGUAUGGCCUAUGUAUUUGAAACAUAAAAGGGAAAUGGAAGAAAAUAAAAAUAAUAUCGGUGAGCAGGUCACAGCAAAACCAUGUGAGAAGUGGGAAUUCUUUCCAGUAUGGAUUCAGGGUCAAUUUUAUGGUUUCUGGCAAAGUGAUCCACCCAAUCUAUUGUAUGUACAUCCGAAACACCAGUUUAUACAAAUCCAUAUUGUACUGUAGUGACUGCUAUUUCUGUUAGACUUAUAAAUAUUGAUGAACAGUAUAGGUCAUCCAGUAGACUAGUGCAGUAUUUUUAAAGUGAUAGCCUUGCUCAGAGUGGCAUCUGUAACCCUGUGACAAACUUUAAGCCUGAUUUAAUAUUUAAUCAUGUAAUAUAAGGAAUUUGAAAAUUACUUUAAUGUAUGGAAAUAUAGCCUUGGAUAUUUCAUAAAUAUACUUUCAUAGGUAUACGCUAUGUGCACAAUUUUAUAUCCAAGUAAAAUAUUUUUGGAAUUGAAAAUCACAAAUGCAAAGUGAUUGCACGUUAGUAAUAUAGGGAAAAAUAGAAGUAAUAGCUCAUAAGAUAUUAAAUAUGAGUAUUAAAUGACAUGAUGUGGUUAAAGAGGCAAAAGCCAUUUUGGGAGGUAUUGCACUUGAGAACAGAAACAGAAUUCUUCCUUUUUCACAUGGUGCUUGUUAGAAUGCAGCUGGAGUAUUGUGUAUUGUUUGGGGCACUAUGGAAAGGAUAUAGAUAAUCUGAAGAGCAACUACUAGGCUAUUAGAAAGAGUUGUAGGAUAAGAAGAGAGGUUGGUAGUGGUUCAGAUGUGUUAACAGUAACAGGAUGAAAAACGUGCAGCCUGGAAAAUAAGGUUUUGAGUUGUAAAAGAUUCUGGCUGACAUGCACAAAAGAUGGUACAAAAGAGAAGAAGGAAAGAAUAAGAUUCUCAUUAAUCAUAAAUGAUUAAUUAGAAAUAAAUUAAAAAAAGAAAUGUGAUUAGAGAACAGAAAAAUUAUAUGGUUUAGAUCAGCUAAGGAAUAGUACCAGCUUCUCAGUCAUAUAAAAAUAUAUAAAUACACACAGGGAGGACUUAAAACUAUUUGAAAACAAACUAUCUUUUGAGGAUUGUCUAGAUAUCUUAAUUCUACUCAAACCAAAGGUGCAAACCAUAUAACCUACUACAGGGUCCUUCCAACCCUAAAAGUUCUAGUAUUGUUCACUUUCAGGCAUUUUGGUAGCACAGAAAUGUGUUUUUGUUCGGAUAUUUUUAGCCUGACAACUAUAAUAUGGUAGCCAUCUUGACUGUCUGAUCAUGAAUGCAAUAUUAAGACUGUUAAUAGUAAGCAGAAAAUAUAUUCGUGGUGAUCUACUAAAACAGAAGCAGUGUAAGUGUAUGUAGAAAUAUGUUUAAGAUGAAAUACUUUUUAAUGUGAAUUUCUGUAUUUCAAUUUUAUACAACAAAUAAAAUAUACUCUAAUUGUGUUUUCUCAAA